AUGCACUCACUGCGUCUUGCCUUCUGGCGGAAGCCUUUACGCUCGGAGACACCAUCUCGAUCUAUUCAGCAGGGCGAAGAUGCUCCAGAAAUUGAGCGGACACUUGGUCUAUUUGAUCUUAUUAUGAUAGGCAUUGGAGGAACGGUCGGCUCGGGCGUCUUCGCUACAUCUGGUCUCAUCGCCAGUAGUUACGCUGGUCCUGCCGCCACAAUUUCGUGGUUUUUCGCCGGUGUCGGCUGUUUAUUAAGUGGUUUGACCUUCAUGGAGCUUGCAUGUCUCAUCCCUAGUACUGGUAGUACAUAUGCAUACGCUUACCAUGCUCUUGGAGAACUACCAGCUUUGAUCGCCGGUUUCUUACUCACACUCGAGUACGGCGUCUCCAGCGCCGGGGGUGCGCGUAGCUGGAGCGAUAAGUUGACACAAUGGAUGAACUCGCAAUUCGGGAUACAAGGUCCUGACUGGAUGAAACCAAAAGACUCGGUUGUGGAUCUUUACGCGGGGCUUUUGGUAGUUGGCAGCACGGCUAUAAUUCUAUGCGGCAUGCAAGCUGGAAAGGUUGUGGUUAAUGUGGUAACCAUGACAAAAAUUACAGUCAUUGUGUUCAUCAUUAUAGCGGGGCUGGCAAACUUUGAUAUCGACAGGGUGACACCCUUUGUACCUGACCAAAGUGUCGUCAAUGUGGAUGGUAAAGACCAAUUGGCUUUUGGGUGGUCAGGGGUACUACUUGGAGCUAGUGCAAGCUUUUAUGGGUACAUUGGGUACGAUGAAGUGUGUUGUCUUGCUGGAGAAGCGAAAGAUCCUGCUAGAAACAUACCUCGUGCUGUGGUGGGUACAAUUAUUGGAGCAGCAACAUUAAGCAUAUUAGCGACUCUGGCGCUUGUGGGUAUGCAACGAUAUACGGAAAUUAAUGCUGAAGAAUCUUAUGGAAAUGCUUUCACCAGUUUAAAACUUGAUUGGGCGGCAUCGUUUGUGGCGACAGGAGAAGUGCUGACUAUGCCCAUCACAUCAUUUAUUGCAUUCUUAGCUCAGCCUCGCGUUCAGUACGCAAUGGCAAAGGAUGGAUUAUUGCCAUCGAUAUUUGCUCGGGUAGACUCGGCGGGAAACGUUAUUCAUGGCACGUUGCUGUCUGGUAUUGGCGUUACUUUUCUUGCCGUGUUCGUGCCCUUUCAUGUACUCUGGAACUUUAUUUCGCUUGGUAUUCUCGUCGCAUUCAAUCUUACGAACAGUUCGCUACUUUUUCUACGACUUGGAACGAAUGAAGCAGAAGAUUCGCCAUCCAAGCACUGGCAUGGUGCCUUGGUGAUUGGUUACGUUUUGACUUCAUUCAUUGCUGGGUAUCACUGGCAAAAAGGUGUAAUCGAAAGAGUACCGCUGUCAUCGACGACCAACCGAUCAUUAUUUGAUAGCUACAUGCGCAUCUUGGGGCCUUUCGUUGCUGCUUUCUUUACAGUCAUUGCUAUUGCACUUAUGUUUGCACUCAGUGAUGCUAUCAAAACGCAAAGUGUCUCAUUAAAUGCAACGGCAAAGUCUAAAGACCAUAGCAAUUCUCGUCAGGAUGUGUUGACUCCAGAUAUGCAACCAGAUUCGGUUAGGACGCAAACGCAUGGUUGUCACCGUCGAAGCCGCUCUAUCGAUCGACAAGCCGACGAUUCAAUUGACGAAGAACGGCAAGAGAAAGUGAUGAUGGAAAACAGUGAAAACGAGGAAAACAAGGCGAUUGUUUUUCAUGAAAACGAUGUGACCGAUGCAGACUCGACAACUUUUCGGGCACCCUUUGUGCCGUAUACACCUUGUAUUGCCAUUUUUUUCAACUGGUUUCUUUUCGCUCAAAUGAAUGGUAUGAGUGUAUUACUUAUUCUCGUAUGGUUGCUGGUAGCUGUGGUUGUUUAUUUCGUCUAUAGCCGCCACCAUAGUCUUGCUUUUCAACAGUCGCAGUACCAUCAACUCGCACAGCAGUAG